AUGUCUGCAUCGAGGGUACCUGCUCAUAUCGCUCUUUUGAAACCCGUUGAGGUACCGCAAAGCCUUGUUAAUGGUGAAAAAUUUGUAAAAUGGGAAGAGGAUUCUGGAACGGGUACGCCGGUCACGUUACGGGUAGACAAAAACGGUUUUUAUUUAUAUUGGGUGGAUCAGAACAACGAAAUGGACGUGUUGGAUUUUGCCAUCAUACGGGAUGCGAGAACGGGUCGUCAUUCGAAAGUUCCCAAAGAUCCCAAACUCAAAUCGGUCGUGACGAUGGGAUCCCAGGAUACACUAGAAGAGAAAACAAUAACAGUUUGCUGCGGAUCGGAUUUUGUCAAUUUGAAUUUCAUCAAUUUUUGUUGCACGAAAAAGGAAAUUGCACAGGUACCGGAGGGAGGGUGGGUGGAUGGAUUGUUAAAAACGUUUUCGGAUUUAACUAACAAACCGGAUAUCAUACUCAGGCAUAAUGCGGAAAAAUGGUGUAAAUUAAUUGAGGUAUCCGUGCCGGCAGAAAAAAACACCACAGCCAAAGAAGCAGACAAAAGGCUGAAAUAUAGAAAUUUGGAAAUCGAAAUAACCAGGAUGUGGGGAACAAAAACAGAAACGAUUCCGGUCAUCAACAUUAAUUAUAUAUAUAUAUAUAAAUUUUACGCUUUCGUUUCAACAUACAAUUAUCCGACGUUACUUUUUUCUUGCAGUUGCGGUACAUCGUCCAAAAGAAAAUUUUUAACGGCGGAAAAAUUCGUCACGUUUCUGAACAAGACUCAACGAGAUCCGCGACUGAACGAAAUACUCUACCCGUAUGCGAAUCCGGCGAGAGCCAAAGACCUAAUACAGCAAUACGAAACGAACAAGAUGAACGCUCAAAAGGGACAACUCAGCCUCGAUGGUUUUCUUAGGUAUUUAAUGAGCGAGGAUAAUCCGAUAAUAGCAUCGUCAUCCUUUGAUUUAUCCGACGACAUGGAUCAACCGCUUUCCCAUUACUUCAUUAAUUCUUCGCACAACACUUAUUUAACAGGGCAUCAAAUCACUGGGAAAUCGUCGGUGGAAAUUUACAGGCAGUGUUUGUUGGCGGGUUGCCGAUGCGUGGAAUUAGAUUUUUGGAACGGGAGAAUCGACGAACCUGUCAUUGUUCACGGCUACACAUUCGUGCCUGAGAUAAACGCGAAAGAAGUCAUUGAAGCCAUAGCGGAAUCCGCAUUUAAAACGUCGGAUUUCCCGGUCGUUCUCUCGUUCGAAAAUCACUGCAAUCCGAGGCAGCAAGCGAAAAUUGCACAAUACUGUCGGGAAAUAUUCGGUGAAAUGCUGUUGGACACGCCGUUGGACUCGCAUCCGGUUAAACCGGGUAGUUUUUUACCAUCGCCGGCGGUACUCCGUCACAAGAUAAUAAUUAAAAACAAAAAGAAACAUCAUCAUCAUCAUAAGAAAAAUCACGGGGGAUUCAGGUCGAACACGAUGGACAGCACGACGACGCCGGCGGAUGUGGUGACGGGAAACGGUGACAUACCACACGCGCCACCGUUGCAAACGCGACAGGGAAGCAAGGAAAGUCAAAACGAAGACGACGAAAACGAAGAAGAGGAAGACGUGGAAGAAAUGAAACUUCGCGGGAAUUCUUCGGGUGAAAAACCGACGGAUAAAUCCGCGUCGGCAAAGGAAACGGAAGCGGGAGCGGAAAUAUCCGCUCUCGUUAAUUACAUACAACCCGUUCAUUUCACGUCUUUCGAAGUGGCCGAAAAAAAGAAUAGAUUUUACGAAAUGUCAUCGUUCGACGAGAAACAAGCGACGACUUUAUUAAAGGAAAGACCCAUAGAAUUCGUGAAUUAUAAUAAAUUUCAAUUGUCAAGGGUUUAUCCCUCAGGAAAAAGGUUCGAUUCGUCAAAUUUUAUGCCUCAGGUGUUUUGGAACGCCGGAUGUCAAUUGGUCGCAUUGAAUUAUCAAACUUUAGAUCUCGCGAUGCAGUUAAAUUUAGGAAUAUUCGAGUACAACGCACGAUCCGGGUAUUUACUCAAACCGGAAUUCAUGAGGAGAAAGGAUCGUCGUUUGGAUCCUUUUGCCGAGUCGACGGUGGAUGGAAUCAUAGCGGGUACCGUUUCAAUACAAGUGAUAUCGGGGCAAUUUUUGAGCGACAAACGCGUGGGUACUUACAUCGAGGUGGACAUGUACGGAUUACCCGCGGACACGGUGAGAAGGAAAUUUCGUACGAAAAUCGUACCCAACAACGCGAUCAAUCCUCAAUACAACGAGGAACCUUUCAUAUUCAAAAAGGUCGUCCUCCCCGAGUUGGCUUCAAUUAGAAUCACGGCGUACGAAGAAUCCGGACGAUUUUUGGGACACAGAGUAUUACCCGUACCCGGAUUAUGUCCCGGUUACAGGCACGUGACACUGAGAACGGAAGCAGGACAACCUUUACCUUUGGCGACGCUUUUCCUUUUGAUCGUCGUCAAAGAUUACGUGCCGGAUGGUUUGUCGGAUUUCGCCGAAGCACUGGCCAAUCCAAUAAAAUAUCAAAGCGAUUUGGAAAAAAGAGCGCAGCAAUUGUCCGUACUAACGGACGAUUGCGAAAUGGAGUCGAAUAACGACGUGAGUGGUUGUGAUUGUCGCCGUCGUCGUAAAAUAAAAAGAGUGAUAGCUUCCGUCGUGGUUUCAAUGCCGCCGGAACCGUCGGACAACGCGAUGCCCAAAUUCGAUUUGGAUUCGUCGAUCGUGGCGGAAACGUCGUCGCAUUCGUCUCCGAACACGAACAAAACGACGGGAACCACGACGACGACGACGACGACGACGACGACGACGCAUUUGUCGUCGUCACUGAAUGACGUUUUGGUAGCGGAUUCCCUUGAAAAAUUAAUGGAAAAUAAAGUGGUUAAAGAAAAGAAACAGGAAUUGGAUAAAAAACUCGACGUGCUUAGGAAAAAACACGAUAAAGAAAGGCAGAGAGUGACGUCGUCGGAUUGCGACAAAUCAAAAACGAAAUUUUACACCAACAAAUUAGUCAAGAGGCUAUCGAGUAAAAACAUAGAUCUCGGUUUUUCAACGCACGAACCCUUGGAUUACGCGGAAUCGGAUGAUUCGACGAAGGGAAGUCUAUUGAGAACAAAUUCCGAGAGACUGAUAACGAUAUGCAAAGAUUAUUACAAUCAAGAGAGAGAACUAAAGGAAAAAUAUAACGAAACGAUAUUUAAUCUCGUUGAAAAACUAAUGAAAAACUCGCAGAGCAAUCAGUUGAAAAAUUUAAAGGUUUUGCUGGAAAAGGAAACGGAAAGCGUUAUGCGAGAACUCCAGGCGGCGAGAAGAGACGAAGUUAAAAAAUUAUCGAAAAUUCACAAAGACAAAGACGAAAUGGUGAGAAUCAAAAGAGAAGUCGAUUCGGCAAUGAUCGAUCGUGGAGUUCACGAACGCGUGAGAUUGACACAGUUGUACGAUAGGAAAAGAGAAGAUUUAGAAAGGCAACACGAACACGUUAGGCAAUGUUUAGAAGAGGAAAGGUCAAAGGUCUUCAAAGCGAAUUUAUUGAAAGAUCACGAAAUGAAAGUUGCAAGAUUAGAAGAAGAAAUGUUAUCGCCAUCGUCGAGUCAGGGAAAUGUUAAAGUUUAA